ACGCUCCGUAUAAAGAAAGAUCCUUUCUUUCUCACUCACACUUGUUGCGCUUAUCAGCAGCUUCACUUGGACUCGAGUCCCUUCUGUAGAAUUUUCUCUCUGAAACACAGAGAUGGGAGAAGGAAAGGGCUCGACCCUGGUGCAUCUCUUGGUUGUGGUGUUGAGCCUCGUUGCAUUUGGGUUCGCCAUUGCUGCUGAGAGUCGGAGAAGUGUUGGCAAUAUAAUCAAAGAUGACUACUCGAAUGCGACAUAUUGUGUCUACAGCUCAGAUGUUGCAACUGGUUAUGGAGUGGGUGCUUUUUUAUUUCUUCUUUCAGGCGAAUCACUACUCAUGGGAGUGACUAAAUGCAUGUGCUUUGGGAUACCUUUAGCACCUGGUGGGGAUCGAGCUUGGUCAAUUAUCUACUUCAUGUCGUCAUGGGCGACCUUUUUGGUGGCAGAAGCAUGUCUGAUUGCGGGCGCAACUAAGAACGCGUACCACACCAAGUACAGGGGAAUUAUUUAUGCUCAGAAUUUCUCAUGUGAGUCAUUGCGGAAAGGCAUUUUCAUUGCUGGAGCUGUCUUCAUUGUUGCAACUAUGGUACUCAACAUAUAUUAUUACAUUUAUUUCUCCAAGGCAACUACAACCCAAGCAGCUCGCAAGGCGAACCGCGCUAGUUCUACUGUUGGGAUGGCCGGGUAUGCAUAAGAUAAGAGUGAAGUGAACUGAUAAAGAGGAGUUUGCAAAGUUUUGUUUCUUUCAUAUGUAAAGAGUCCGCAGUGGAGGUUGCAAUUGUAUUGUGCUUGUCUAGAUAUAUGUUGUUGUACGGUUAUGAAUGCCCAAGUAAUUUAAGGCUCUAAAGGCCACCAUGCCAUAGUUGAAGUA